AUGAAUUAUAAAAAAGUUACAAUUUUAACUUCAGUAGUAAUAUUACUCCUUAUAGCUAUAGUUGGCAUCAUUAAUUACAGCUAGGUCGGACAAGAAAAUAUGUUUUUCAAAAAAGAGCAUAAAUUUAAUUAGGAAAAUAAAGCAUUUAACUAGUAUAGAAGUUCCAGUCAAUGUUUAGCGAAAUGCACAAAUGAAGGGGGAUAUAACUGUGGAGCAAGCUAUGUAAUAUGUUGUAAAAAUGAAGCUAGUUGUGUUGAUAAGUGGGGUAUGAAAGCCUGCAACAUUAAAAAAAAAUAAUUCACAUGCGACGAAUGA